CGCCCUCGCCCACCGGGGAACGCCAAGCCCCCCUGCACCGCCCGCACCCGCCGCCCGCGCCCUCCUCGCUCGGCCCUGGACCGACACUUUGCAGCUGGGGGCUGGUGCACUGUGUCAAACAUGCUGCCCAAAUGGAGUGGGCACCUGCUGAAUGCCAGGCUUUGGGCUGGUCUCUGGAUGCAGACGUUUUGAAAACCACCCAAGGCCGGACGCCCCAACAAGAGGCGGCGGCUCAGAUUUCCUUGAAGUAGCCUCCCUGACCAGCGUUUCUGGGAUGAGACACUGGAACAGGCUGCAUCCACGUCAGGAGUUAGCCACCUGUGAAGGGAAGAGAAAGUGUCCUCUCUGUGCCAUCACCACUGGCCAGGCGUCAGCAAUCGGCAUGAGCAUCUGAGCAUCCGCCUGCCUCGAGGUAGUUCGGCCUGGACAUCUGAAGCGCGUUAGCUGCCUGCUCCCCGGGGGCUGACCCUGCUUGUUGAGAAUUAUCCCAGGCAGAGCCACAGAGGAUGGAGCAAACAAAGACCAGGCUCCUACCAGUUCAGACUCUGUGACCCACCACAAUGAUAUUCACGUUGCGAUCACUCAUCAGUAAGUCCAACGUGAGCCUUCCUGCAGGCCCACCGCCAGCACAGAGACUGUCCCAGGAGCUGGGGUGUAGCAGUGAGCGAAGCUGACUAGCACAGAGCCUGGGGAAGAGACCGGAAGAGAAGGCCUCUCCCUGCAGGAGCUCCGAGCCUGUGGGAGAAAUCAGAAGUGCAUGCUGUACCCACGAGGUUAUUUUCUUCAAGACCAGCUCCUUCCAUUCCUUGUAUAGGAAAGAACAACAACAACAAAAUACAAGGAUGGCCCACAACUAUGGGGCCCUGCAGGGGGCUCCUGGCGUUGAUGGAUUCAUGUAUGCACGGGGGCCCUUGGCUGGGUGUUCAGGAUACAAUAGUGGGCGAGUCAGACCCAGCCCUCCCCUUAGGAAGAAAGACAGACUUCAGAGCAAUCAAACACACCAUGAAGAGUUCAUUUUCAUCGUCGUGAUUGUGAUCCGUGCAGAGGAGGAAAAGCACACAAUGUAAUGAACGGCUUGACAAGAAUGAAGAACGCUGGCGAGGCUUGAGGAGCUCAGGAUGGCGAUCCCUUUCCCAGAACUGGAACCAGAGGCCUUGGGAAAUGGCCCCAGGAAGGACGGACUGGUCCGCCAGCGCAGCUGUCAGAUGCCCGGCACCCGAGCUGCACACCCAGUGAUGCCCGCCCGGGCUCCAGACGGGACAGAAAUGGGACUUCCCUCUGAGCCGUGGCUUCCUCCUCUGUUACACUAGCUGAACAGGCUGCGGAGCCCUCUGCUCCGCUGGCGCCGCGGGUCCGCGGCAUCUGCAGGGACCCCGCCCCCGGCCCCCGCGCGCGGCGGGAGCCACCCGGUGGGGUUUCGGCGCGCUGACGUGGGCGGAUCAAAGCGGCUGCCCGCGCCUUAUAAAGCCGCCUGGGCGGCCCGCGCCGGAGACCGUGCCCCGCCAGGACGCGAGAGGGGCGCGCGGGCGGGCGCAGGCCCUGGGAGAGGAGAAGGGCGCAGAGCAGCCUGAAUCCGCAGCAGAGUCUCCGCGGGACCCGAGCCGGCCGCCGCUGGCCAGGAUCCCGGCGAGCGCCCCUCUCCCGCGGCUUGGCCAAGAGGGCGCCCUCGCCGCCUGCCCAGCCCGAACAGCGCUGGGGGCCGCGCUCGCCGCUCCUCCGCCAGCCCGAGCAGCCGGCCACUCGGGGCGCAGCCAGCGAGCGAGCGCCCCAGGAGGCGCCCGGCGCGAGGACCGGCGGCGCGGCCGUGAGCGGCGCAGCUUCGGCGCGGCUCCUCCGGGUGCGACCCCCGCGCGCCCGCCGCGCGACGAUGAGGGCGCGGCCGCAGGUUUGCGAGGCGCUGCUCUUCGCCCUGGCGCUGCAGACCGGCGUGUGCUAUGGCAUCAAGUGGCUGGCGCUGUCCAAGACGCCCGCAGCCCUGGCUCUGAACCAGACGCAGCACUGCAAGCAGCUGGAGGGCCUGGUGUCCGCGCAGGUGCAGCUGUGCCGCAGCAACCUGGAGCUCAUGCACACCGUCGUGCACGCCGCCCGCGAGGUCAUGAAGGCCUGCCGCAGGGCCUUUGCGGACAUGCGCUGGAACUGCUCUUCCAUCGAGCUGGCCCCCAACUACCUGCUUGACCUGGAGAGAGGGACCCGGGAGUCCGCCUUCGUGUAUGCGCUGUCAGCAGCCACCAUCAGCCACGCCAUUGCCCGGGCCUGCACCUCCGGCGACCUGCCUGGCUGCUCCUGCGGCCCUGUCCCAGGUGAGCCACCCGGGCCCGGGAACCGCUGGGGAGGAUGUGCGGACAACCUCAGCUACGGGCUCCUCAUGGGGGCCAAGUUUUCCGAUGCUCCUAUGAAGGUGAAAAAAACAGGAUCCCAAGCCAAUAAACUGAUGCGUCUACACAACAGUGAAGUGGGGAGACAGGCUCUGCGUGCGUCUCUGGAAAUGAAGUGUAAAUGCCAUGGGGUGUCUGGCUCCUGCUCCAUCCGCACCUGCUGGAAGGGGCUGCAGGAGCUUCGGGACGUGGCCGCUGACCUGAAGACCCGCUACCUGUCGGCCACCAAGGUAGUGCACCGACCCAUGGGCACCCGCAAGCACUUGGUGCCCAAGGACUUGGACAUUCGGCCUGUGAAGGACUCGGAGCUCGUCUAUCUGCAGAGCUCACCUGACUUCUGCAUGAAGAACGAGAAGGUGGGCUCCCACGGGACGCAAGACAGGCAAUGCAACAAGACAUCCCACGGCAGUGACAGCUGCGACCUCAUGUGCUGUGGACGCGGCUACAACCCCUACACAGACCGCGUGGUCGAGCGGUGCCACUGCAAGUACCACUGGUGCUGCUACGUCACCUGCCGCAGGUGUGAGCGCAUGGUGGAGCGCUACGUCUGCAAGUGAGGCCUGCCCUGCCCUGUGGGAGCUCCUGGGGACCCCCAGAGGCCCGCCGAGGGGCCUGGAGGCACCGCGUGAAUCUGUGCCUGUGACUUCCAAAUGCCAGGCAUUGGAGGCGGUUUGUGCUUCCACUUGGAAGCCACCAGGAACAGAAGGAGGGCCGGGACAUCAAAGGGAACUGACAAGAUUAAAAAUAACCUGGCAGCCCGAGGCCCUGGAGUGCCCACUUGCUGCCUUCCAGGCUGGUCUAAGGAGCCAGGGGCAUGGGAUUGGCAAGACUGCUAUGGACUUGACCUUUUGCAGCCAGAUCACCAGCCGCCCAGGAGGGAAGGAAAGGGGUGCCGCCUGCCCUCACAGCGUGUUCUGCGGGCCCAGCCCCCGAGACCCCAGCCCCCCAGGGUCGAGCCUGCUGGGCCCACCACAUGGAACCACUAGCUUGGGUUGUAAAUGUUUUUCUGUUUUGUUUGUUUUCUUCCUCUGGGAUGUGGGAGCUACAGAAAUAUUUAUAAAACAUAGCUUUUCCUUUGGGGUGGCUUGCCUCAA